AUUUACAUAGAAAAUAUCCACUAAAUUCCUACACAAGGUGAGAGGUAAAAAUUCAUUGAAUGUUAACUGCAGUGGAGAUCCAUACUUUUUGGAGCCGUUUUGGAUGAGACAUGCUGCAAGCAGUGCGAUAUUAGUAUCAGGGUGGCACAGAAUGGGUUAUUUUUACAGUGAUGGAUCAUACAUCUCACAACUAUUGGUGGAACAUAUCAAAAAGGUUCAUGCCAUAGUUGGAAACGCAAUCACUGAAGGAAAAUACAUUGUAUUUGGAAGUGGCUCAACUCAACUCCUAAAUGCUGCUGUUUAUGCCUUUUCUCCCGAUACCUCUUCACAUUCUCCAGCAAAAGUGGUAGCCACACCACCGUAUUACCCUGUGUAUAGAACACAGACAGAAUAUUUCAAUGCUAGGAAUUUUAGUUAUGAAGGAAGCACAUCCUCGUGGAUAAACAAGACAGAUAGCAGCUCUACAUUCAUUGAGUUUGUUACUUCACCAAACAAUCCUGAUGGAAAGCUGACUAAGGGAGUUCUUGAAGGAGAUAAUGUAAAACAAAUCAAUGAUCGUGCCUAUUACUGGCCACAUUACACUGCCAUUCCUUCACCAGCUGAUGAUGAUCUUAUGAUCUUCACCAUUUCCAAGCUCACAGGUCAUGCUGGGAGCAGAUUCGGAUGGGCAAUAAUAAAAGAUGAAGCAGUGUAUGAAAAGAUGUUGACGUAUUUGGAUAUGAACACCAUGGGAGUUUCCCGUGAGGCUCAGCUGAGAGCUUUAAAGCUUUUCGAUGUUGUUCUUGAAGGAGAUGAUGGAAAAGAGAUAUUCAAAUUUGCUUAUUCAACCAUGAGACAUCGUUGGACAAAGUUGAAAGAAACCAUAUCUAAAUCAAAACGCUUUUCUCUGCAGAAACUGUCUUCCCAAUACUGCACCUUCUUCAAAAGGGAAAGAGACCUCUCACCAGCUUAUGCUUGGUUGAAGUGUGAGAGAGAAGAAGACAAAAACUGCUAUGAAAUCCUUGAAGCAGCUGGCAUCAGUGGUCGUGAAGGAAGCCUAUAUAGUGCUGAUAAUCAUUACGUGCGUCUCAGUCUCAUUAGAAGCAAAGAUGACUUUGAUAUACUCAUAAACAAGCUCAAUACCCUUGUUGCUAAACAAUAGUAUCCCAAAUAUUGUAAACAUUACUAUCUUUGUGUGGUGCCUAAAUAAAUAAAACAUUGUUUCCAGAUUGUAA